AUGUUAACCCUCGGAGAUUUUGCUAUUCACUGGAUCCCCAACGCUGACGUGGUCGACGAGCAGAAGUUCAAGACCGCUCUUGAGUCAAUCUACCCCAAAGAUGAGAGUGGAAACUCCACUGUCCAGGUAGAACACGGCUUGCUAGACAAUGAAGACGCCUUCAGGGUGGUCUGUCAGUCUCGAGAGCCUGUGGACCUCAUGGAAGAACUACAGAAGAAUGCUGAUGAGAAUGGCGUGAAGAGGAAGGAGGAGAUGGUGCAGAUCAAGAAGGAAGGUGACACUACAUAG